UAAAAAAUAUCAAUUCAUUCUGGAAAUUGAAUUUUCGAAAUUAUAUUCAGCAGAUUUUUUGGUUCAGCAGUUCUUAGUCACCCAGUUGUUAUAUUCAGCAAAACAUUGGGCGUUCUUAAAAUAUUUCAAAAAAGAAAAAGUUAAAAAUAAGGUUUUUACCUUAGUUUAAAGGUAUUUAUUUUGCGUUAUCAACAUUAUUUAGCAGAAGAUCUCAGCAUAUAUCGUAAAGGUUACCGAUUCUAACCAUGAGCAACAACAAAGAUUCGGACUCGGAUUGGGAAUCUACAUCUGGAAGUGAACAUUCUUCACCUUCUAAGCGCCAAAAAACGGAUAAAGGUGAAUAUGGCAUGACAUUUCCAUUGUUUAGUUCGUCAAGUCGCCUUUCCUCAUUUCUUAAUCAAUUUUCUGCUCAUUUUUGUGGUUUUUCUUCUGCUUUACUAACCAGUUACAAUCAUCUAGAUUUAUCUUCUAAGAUUUCAGUAGUAGUAAUGUUUGAUUCACCUCAAAGUAAGUUUCUUUCUCUGAUCAAUACAAAAAAAAGUGAAAAUCAAUCAUACGAACAGGGUAGUCGACAAUGGAUUGAGGAUGACCGUUCAAUAGUCAUUGGUAGAGUUGAAACUGUUUAUUUAGUCUUCUCCUACAGCCCUAUGAAGCCAAGUACUCCACCACCUUACAAGAAGGUCGACUUUAUAACAGAGCCAAUUUAUGUAAUGAAACAAACUGGUGACAUUGCUUUUGGACCUGGAACGAGAUCAGCAGUUUUGGGCAUUUUUGGCGGAACUUUACCGAAACUUACUCCCGAACAAACUGACACUGUGACAAAGGCAAAGAAGUAUGCGAUGGAGCAGAGCAUACGGAUGGUGUUGAUGAAACAAACUUUAGCACAACAACAGCAACAGUUGGCAAGUCAAAGAACUCAAGUUCAGCGACAACAAGCUUUAGCUUUGAUGUGCAGAGUUUAUGUUGGAAGCAUCUCAUUUGAGUUGAAGGAAGAUACAAUUCGAGCAGCAUUUCUUCCUUUUGGGCCAAUCAAAUCGAUCAACAUGUCAUGGGAUCCAGUGACACAGAAGCACAAAGGAUUCGCUUUUGUUGAGUACGAAAUUCCUGAAGGAGCUCAACUUGCUUUGGAACAAAUGAAUGGUGCAAUGCUGGGUGGCAGAAAUAUUAAAGUUGGACGUCCAUCAAACAUGCCACAAGCUCAACAAGUUAUUGAUGAGAUUCAAGAAGAAGCGAAGAACUUUAAUCGAAUUUACAUCGCAUCGAUUCAUCCUGAACUAACUGAAGAAGACAUCAAAAGUGUUUUUGAAGCAUUUGGUGUGAUUGUCUUUUGUAAACUCGCACCCGGAUCAUCACCAGCAAGUCAUAAGGGUUACGGCUUCAUUGAAUACAGUACGAAUCAAGCAGCACUCGAAUCUAUCGCCAGUAUGAAUCUUUUUGAUCUUGGUGGUCAAUUGUUACGUGUUGGACGUGCCAUUACACCGCCAAAUGCUUUAAUCAGUCCUGUUGUCAGCAUGGCAAUGCCAACAGCAGCAGCAGUUGCUGCUGCUGCUGCAACCGCAAAGAUUCAAGCAAUGGACGCAAUUCAAGCAAACGUUCUUGGAGCGGCUGUACCUUCAUUGGGUAUUAAAACUCUCAAUAAUCCAGCAUCUGUAUCGAAUGUUAUUCCUCCAAUUACAUCGAUUCCACCUCUCACAGGGAUACAAACAAUCGUUCCUAAUCAACCUCUAACAACAACUUCCGUUACAUCAACAACCUCCAAUGUGACUGUUGACACUCAAAAUUCACAUUUAUCAGCGGCUGAAGCACUUGUGAAGCAGAAACAAGAAGAAUUACAGAAGAAGUUAAUGGAGGAGGGAGAGCCAACACUUCAACAACAGGAAUCUAUGUCGAUAAAAGGCCAAAACGCACGUCAUCUUGUGAUGCAACGAUUAAUGAGGCCUCGCGACAGUAAAGUUGUAAUUCUUAGGAAUAUGGUUGGACCCGAAGAAGUUGAUGAUGCAUUACAAGAAGAAAUUCAAGAUGAAUGCAGUAAGUUUGGAGCUGUUGAGAAAGUGAUUAUAUAUAAAGAGAAGCAAACUGACAAUGAUGGUGAUGACUUUGAUGAUGUCAUUGUUAAGAUUUUCGUUGAAUUUUCAAAGACAAGUGAGGCUGAAAAAGCAAUUGCAGCAUUAAAUGGACGAUAUUUCGGGGGAAAUCUGCUUAAUUCGGUUGAAAUGACAGAGUAUCAUCAUCAAAGUUGGGAGGAUAUGCUAGAAUCUUCAAAUUCUGCAGACGAUUCAAAGCCUAAAGUUACACCAGAUAUAACAAUCGAAGACUUUGACGGAAACACUUCAGAAAAUUCGUCAUCCCGUGUGAUUGAAAUUAAAUUUAAUGAUAGUAAGAACGAACUAAAAUUUGACAAGCUUGUUACUGAAAAGAAGAUCAAAUCACCUUUCAAGCGUCAUCUCUCUAAUGAUAAAUUGUCCGAGAACAACAAUCACGAGAAUCCAGUUGAGAAAAAAACUAAAAUGGAAGAUAAUGAAAGUCCAAAAAAGCGAUUUCGACUUGAUAGUAUGGAAAGUUCUUCAACUGGUUCAUCUUGUUAUCAAAAUCGUGAAGAGGAAACAGAUCGUGCCGUUUUAGAGAGACGACAGAAACAAAUUGAUUAUGGGAAGAAUACUGUCGGCUAUGACAAUUACAUAAUGCAGAUUCCAAAAAAUCAACGUGCUGCUGGUCAUCCUAAGACUCCUCCAAAACAUUUGAAAUACAGCCGAAGAGCUUGGGAAGGACUCAUAAAAUCCUGGCGUAAGAAACUUCAUGCUUUUGAUCCUGAGUGUGAAAGCAAUAAAAUCAAUCGUAACGUGAAUGGUUUAGACAGCGAAGAUGAUUGAUGAAAGUUUAUAGCUCGAACUCAAUAACAUUCAUCAGUUCAUAAACAUAUCUUUGUUUUUUCAUGUCAUUUUAUCUUUCAUAUCUACAGUAAGUCGAAAUGUUAAUAACUCUCAUUUAAAAAUAAAAAUAUAAGAAAAAGAAUAUUUUGAAGCUAUUGUUAGCUUUUUGUUAACGUGGGCGACAGAAUCUCACCUCGAGGUCUUUACCGUUCUCAUUUUUAACAUUUCAAAUCCCACACAUUCCAUUUUGUUUUAUAAUCAUAUUGAUAUUGCCAUUUCACUGAAGGAUACUUACAACUAGCAAU